UUGCUUUUGCCUGCCUAGUGAUAUUCUUCAGUCGAUUGGCUCUGACUGAGCGUCGAGUUCUUUGAUUGAACAUGGCGGCGACUCCAGCAACAAAUCCGUCACAGUUGCUCCCACUUGAGCUUGUGGAUAAAUGUAUUGGCUCACGAAUUCACAUUGUCAUGAAAACCGACAAAGAAAUCGUCGGUACGCUGCUGGGUUUCGAUGACUUUGUCAAUAUGGUCCUGGAAGAUGUGACAGAAUUUGAAAUUACUCCAGAGGGUAGGAGGAUAACCAAACUUGAUCAGAUUCUCCUCAAUGGCAAUAACAUCACCAUGCUCAUACCUGGUGGUGAAGGUCCUGACGUAUGAGUACCAUCACUGAAUACUGAUACAGUUUUGUGUUGUGGAUACAAGCCUUUUCCUGUGUUGUGUUUCUUAUUGAUUAUGUCAUUAUUGCUGUGAUUGGAUCAUUCCCUCUCAAUCUUGAGGGAAAAUAUUUUUGUAAUAAGAUUCACAAUUACGUUUUUGUUUAAAAAAAAAAGCUAAUUUUUUUUCUGUGUCAUGAGUCACAUGUGACAAAAAAUUCCAAAUAAAUGACAAUGAAACAGUU